CGUCCGGGAAAAGUCCAACAGGAGCGCGCGCUCUCCCGUGCGCUACCGUCUGGUAAAGCGCGCGUCCCGUUAAAGAGCGACAGUCUCUGCGUCAUGUGACGGCGAACGGACGAGAGAUGAAGAUGGCGCAGCACCGGCGCUGAUUCCGAAGAGUCUCCCGUGACACACGUAGGCUACUCAACAUCGCGAAUCACCUCAAAAUCGCGCACGAAACGCCACACGCGCCCGUAACUCGCGUGACUAGUUCGUCCUCGGGGUGAUUUAACGGAUUGCGGCGGUGAAUCACCGACUGACCGAGCCGAUGAAAUAAAUAAAUGAUUGUCUCCAUCCUUCUAAGAUGCGGCUGCAUCCGUAACAGAGACCCAGACGCGCGGAUGGAGAAUCAGAGCUGAUGUUUAAUAUGACACAGCUGUGAAAUAAACACGUUUGCGUUUACUUUCAUGUGUCAUUUCAUCAAAACUCUUCUCUUAUCUUGGUGAUUUUACCGGGAUCAUGUGGACACCGACUGAGGACGAGAAAAUCGGAGUGGUGGUCUGUAGUUUCCGGGGUUCUGUUUCACACGGUCUGUCUUUAGAGCUUGGAGAAACCGUUCAGAUCCUGGAAAAGUGUGAAGGAUGGUACAGAGGAUUCUCUACCAAGAAACCCACAGUCAAGGGAAUCUUCCCGGCCUGCUACAUCCACUUGAAGAAGGCCGUCGUCACCAACAGGGGCCAAUAUGAGACGGUGGUCCCUCUGGAAGACCCCAUUGUGACAGAAGUCACCUCAACCCUACAGGAAUGGUCUGUUCUGUGGAAACAGUUGUAUGUGAAGCAUAAAGUCGACCUCUUCUACAAGCUCCGUCACGUGAUGAACGAGUUGAUUGAUCUAAGGAGACAACUGCUUUCGGGUCACCUGACCCAAGAUCAGGUCCGAGAAGUCAAGCGACACAUCACCGUACGACUGGACUGGGGCAAUGAACACUUAGGCUUGGAUCUGGUGCCCAGGAAGGAGUUCGAAAUGGUCGACGCAGACCAGAUAAGUGUUUCAGACCUCUACAAAAUGCACCUAUCCAGCAGACACAGUGUCCAGCAGAGCACAUCCCAGGAUGGCGGAAGACAGAGACACGGCGACUCGUGUCGGAUGCCUGUGCCGCAUCAUCUUUUAGUCAACCUGAAGAGCUUCACGUACAACACCAUUGGUGAAGACACAGACAUUUUCUUCUCUCUGUAUGACCUGAGAGAGGGCAAACAAAUCAGUGAGAAGUUCAUGGUGAGACUUAACAAAAACGGCGGGCCGAAAAAUCCAGAAAAAGUUGACCGUCUCUGUGCAUUGUUUACGGAUCUAAGCAACAAGGACAUGAAGCGAGAUCUGUAUAUUGUGUCACAGGUCAUUAGGACGGGGCGGAUGUUGCUCAACGACUCAAAGAAAGGCCCUCCUCAUGUCCAGUACCGCCGGCCGUACGGAUGUGCUGUGUUAGCCAUGAGCGACAUCCUUCAGACCAUCUCUGAACUCAAAGAAGAAAAAGACUUUGUGCUCAAAGUUUACACUUGUAACAAUGAGAACGAGUGGUACCAGAUCCACGAGAACAUUAUCCGCAAGUCCAGUACCAAAUACACGGCGCCCAGCACUAACUACGGUCUGAUCAUCUCUCUGCAGUUGCUCCGAGGCGACAUUGAGCAGGUACGCAGGGAAAACCCCAUGAUAUUCAACCGCGGAGUGGCAGUCACACGCAAACUGGGCUUUCCUGAUGUUAUCAUGCCAGGUGAUAUACGCAAUGAUCUCUACCUCACACUGGAGAGAGGAGACUUCGAGAGAGGCGGCAAGAGCGUUCAGAAGAACAUUGAGAUCACCAUGUAUGUGCUUUACGCUGAUGGCGAGAUCCUGAAGGAUUGCAUUAGUCUGGGCUCAGGAGAGCACACCAUCAGUGAAUAUCGGUCUUUUGUCCUCUACCACAACAACAGUCCACGCUGGAGUGAGGUCGUCAAACUGCCCAUUCCCAUUGACCGAUUCCGCGGGUCGCAUCUGCGCUUCGAAUUCAGACACUGUUCAACAAAGGACAAGGGGGAGAAGAAGCUUUUCGGCUUUGCUUUUACUCCACUAAUGAGGGAAGACGGCACCACGCUGUCAGAUGAAAGCCAUGAGCUUUACGUCUACAAGUGUGAUGAAAACACCACCUUCAGCAACCACGCGUUGUACCUUGGUCUGCCAUGCUGUAAAGAUGACUUCAACGGAUGCCCGAACAUCCCAUCCAGUCUUAUAUUUCAGCGCAGCACCAAGGAAACCCUCUGGAUUUCAACUCAACUCUCAUCCACCAAACUUACACAGAACGUUGAUCUGCUAGCUUUGUUAAAGUGGAAAGUACAUCCGGACCGCGUAAUGGACAUUUUGGGUCGAUUGCGACACGUCUGCGGGGAGGAAAUUGUCAAAUUUCUUCAAGAUAUUCUUGACACGCUGUUUUCGAUUCUGGAUGAUAAUACAGACAAAUACGGACCUCUGGUGUUUCAGUCACUGGUUUUUAUCAUCAAUCUACUCCGGGACAGUAAGUUUUAUCACUUCAGACCUGUGAUGGACACCUACAUCCAGAAACAUUUUGCUGGAGCGCUUGCUUACAAAGAACUGAUUCGCUGUCUGAAGUGGUAUAUGGACCGAUCAGCUGAAGUUGUACGACAGGAUCACAUCCAGGAAGCGAUGAGGGCUCUGGAAUACCUGUUUAAAUUCAUCGUCCAGUCACGGAUCCUCUACUCACGAGCCACCUGCGGGAUGGAGGAGGACCAGUUUCGGGCGAGCAUCCAAGAGCUUUUCCAGUCCAUCCGCUUCGUGCUCAGCCUUGACAGCCGCAGCUCGGAGACCCUCAUUUUCACUCAGGGUCCCCAGCCUCCGACAGGACCGGCCACUACCAACCAGGGCAGCUGCUUGCAGCCGUUGAGCAGUAGUGCCCCACGGCCCUCUCCUCUGUCCGCUGCCCUUCUCAACUCUUUCCCAGCUAUAUUUGAUGAGCUCCUGCAGAUGUUCACGGUUCAGGAAGUAGCAGAGUUUGUUAGGGGAACUCUCGGCAGUAUGCCCAGCACAGUUCACAUCGGUCAGUCCAUGGACGUGGUGAAGCUGCAGUCCAUCGCCCGUACUGUGGACAGCAGGCUUUUCUCCUUCCCAGAGUCGAGGAGAAUUCUGCUUCCUGUGGUUCUUCAUCAUAUUCAUCUGCAUCUGAGGCAACAGAAGGAGCUUCUCAUCUGUUCAGGGAUCUUGAGCAGCAUCUUCUCCAUUAUUAAAAGCAGCUCACUGGAGAGCUCUGUGCAGGAAGAGGUGGAGAUGAUGGUGGAGAGCUUGUUGGAUGUGUUGUUGCAGACACUGUUGGCCAUCAUGAGUAAAUCUCAGUCGCAGGAGGCGGUAAGAGGGCAGCGCUGUCCACAGUGCACGGCUGAAAUCACUGGAGAAUACGUGUCCUGUCUUUUGUCGCUUCUGCGGCAAAUGUCGGAUAUUCACUUCCAACACCUGCUGGACAACUUCCAGAGCAAAGAAGAGCUGAAGGAAUUCUUGCUGAAGAUCUUCUGUGUGUUCAGAAACCUGAUGAAGCUCAGCAUUUUUCCCCGUGAUUGGAACGUCAUGCGGCUCCUAACCAGCAAUAUAAUUGUGAGCACAACUCAAUAUCUAUCACCUGCUCUACAUAAAAGCUUCACAGAGGCUGACUUUGAUUUUAAGGUGUGGAAUUCAUACUUCAGUCUGGUUGUGCUGUUUAUCAAUCAGCCCAGUCUACAGCUGGAAACACUGACACCGGCCAAAAGAAAGAAGGUCUUUGACAAGUAUGGUGAUAUGAGAGUCAUGAUGGCUUAUGAACUAUUUAGCAUGUGGCAGAAUUUGGGUGAGAAUAAGAUCCACUUCAUACCAGGAAUGAUUGGGCCAUUUCUGGGCGUGACCCUUGUGCCACAAAAUGAAGUCCGGAAUAUAAUGAUCCCCAUUUUUCACGACAUGAUGGACUGGGAACAACGAAAGAACGGCAAUUUCAAACAGGUGGAGGCAGAGCUGAUAGACAAACUGGACAGUCUGGUGUCUGAAGGCAAAGGAGAUGAGAAUUACAGAGAGCUCUUCAGUUUACUAACACAACUCUUUGGGCCUUACCCAAGUCUGCUGGAGAAAAUAGAACAAGAGACCUGGAGGGAAACGGGCGUUUCUUUCGUCACGUCGGUCACUCGCUUAAUGGAGCGACUACUUGACUACAGGGACUGCAUGAAAGGUGAUGAAACAGAAAACAAGAAAAUAGGCUGCACUGUAAAUCUGCUGAAUUUCUACAAGUCAGAGAUUAACAAGGAGGAGAUGUAUAUCCGAUACAUUCACAAGCUGUGCGACAUGCACCUGCAAGCUGAAAACUACACAGAGGCGGCGUUUACUCUGCUGCUGUAUUGGGAACUCCUGCACUGGGAGGAAAGACCACUCCGAGAAUUCCUGCAUUAUCCUGCACAGAGCGAAUGGCAUCGCAAGGAGGGUCUUUGUCGUAAAGUCAUCCAUUAUUUCAACAAGGGAAAGUGUUGGGAGUACGGCAUCCCCUUAUGCCGAGAGCUAGCCUUCCAGUACGAGUCCCUUUACGAUUAUCAGAGUCUCAGCUGGAUACGGAAAAUGGAGGCAGCGUAUUAUGACAACAUCAUGGAGCAGCAGAGACUUGAACCUGAGUUUUUCAGGGUGGGAUUUUACGGUCGAAAAUUCCCCUUCUUUCUUAGGAAUAAGGAGUUUGUUUGCCGGGGUCAUGAUUAUGAGAGACUUGAAGCCUUUCAGCAAAGAAUGCUGGGAGAGUUUCCACAAGCUAUUGCCAUGCAGCACCCUAAUCAACCAGAUGAGGGUAUUUUACAGGGUGAUGCUCAGUACCUACAGAUCUAUGCUGUAACUCCAGUCCCAGAAAAUGUUGACGUGCUGCAGAUGGACCGUGUGCCUGACCGCAUCAAAAGCUUCUACAGAGUCAACAACGUCCGCCGGUUCCGUUAUGACCGACCUUUCCACAAGGGCCUGAAAGACAGGGAAAACGAAUUUAAGAGUCUCUGGAUCGAGCGGACCACACUCAUCCUUACCCACCCUCUGCCUGGGAUCUCCCGUUGGUUUGAAGUGGAUAAGCGAGAGCUGAUUGAAGUCAGUCCGCUGGAGAACGCCAUUUAUGUGGUGGAAAAUAAGAACCAGGAGCUCCGUACCCUGAUCAGCCAGUACCAACACAAGCAGCUUCACGGAAACAUCAAUCUGCUUAGCAUGUGCCUCAAUGGGGUCAUCGAUGCGGCCGUCAACGGGGGCAUCGCCAGAUACCAGGAAGCUUUCUUUGAUAAGGAGUACAUUAGCAGUCACCCAGAAGAUACAGAGAAGAUCACCCAACUCAAAGAUCUAAUGCAAGAACAGGUUCACGUCCUGGGCGUAGGUCUGGCUGUUCAUGAGAAACUGGUGCACCCGGAAAUGCGUCCCCUUCACAAGAAACUCAUUGAUCAGUUCCAGAUGAUGAGAAGCAGUCUUUGUCAUUGUUUCUAUGUGGCCCUGCAGGGCCUGCCUGGUCUGGACAAACUGAGCCCGGCCUGUUCAGGUGCAAGUACCCCACGUGGUAUCCUCGCCACACAUAGUCCAAUGAGUCCUGAGAGUAUUAAACUCAUGCACCGACACAGCCCUCUGAAUAUGUUGGGCUCUAUCCGCCACUCCUCUUCUUCUCUUUCCUCUCACACCUCCAGUGAUACAGGAAACCUUCUCAUCCUGACGGACAGCAUGAUGGAGCACCCAGAGGAUCUCUAUCGCAUGCAGCCCAGUCCAUCAUCAUCCAGUUUGAGCUCGACACAUUCAGCUCCUUCUCAGAUGAUCAAUUCAGGUCACAGCAGUAUCAGAGUUGGCUCCCCAUCACUGCCCGACAGAUACAGACACAGCCGUGAGAUGUUGAUGCUCCUGCCGCCACACAGGGAUCGUCCCAGUAGCGCCAUGUACCCCAACAUCACUGAAAAUGGACAGCCGACCAGUCACCAGAGGGCUCUGUACCAUCAGGUCAUCGGGCCCUGCAAGCCAUGCAGUGACCCUAAUCUCUCUGUGGCUGAUAAAGUGUUGACUGCACCCAGCAGCUGGAGUUUGGACAGUGGCACGAGGGACACUCUGCCGUUCCACUCUGCUCAUGUGGGGAGUGUGAUGGUACCACCCGUACCCCCCCGCACCCUCCCUCCCGGACACUUCUCGAUGCACUUUGAUGCCUUCCACCACCAGAGCAACGAACUCCCUCCAGCUCUCCCUGCGCGCUCCUUAAGAAAGUCUCCCCUUCACCCUAUACCUGCCUCACCCACCAGUCCACAAUCAGGCCUGGAUGGCAGUAACUCCACCCUAUCCGGCAGCGCCAGCAGCGGCGUCUCCUCCUUGAGCGAAAGCAACUUCGCCCAGUCCUCCUCUGAGCCUACGGCACGAGCCGACACCCUGGACUCGAUGCCGAGCAGCCAGGCCUGGACCACGGACACGGAGGAAGCCGACAGCCCGUACCUCCCCGUGCGCUACAGCGUCUCCGAGCCCGAAGUCCUUGACCCGCUCAAGCCCGCUCCGUGCCGUAGUCACUCGGCCCCGCUGGGCGUAACCCCGGGGAUACCCCCCGAUGUUCACCACCACAUGCACAUUCUUCACCAUCACCCACUUGCAAUUCACGUCACCCACCCCCAUUAUCAUCACCACGAGCCUCCUCCCGCUCUGCCGCCUAAACCCUACCUUAGGGAAGGUUGCAUUCCUGAAGAGGACCUGAGGCCGGUACCACGACCCAUGGCACGAAAGAUCUCCCAGCCUCUGCUCACCAACAAGGAAGAACAAGCUAAAGUGGCUUGGGAACACGGUAUUAGCGAAGAAUAGAGGAAGAAGGUUGUUCUGCUUGGACCGGGAUAUUGAAUCCCCAAAGCAAUGAUUGGUCCCCUGUACUUCCAAUACUGUAGGUCUUUUUAACAUUUGCAAAAGUGCUUGCCAUGUGGCUGAGCUUCCAAACACUAGUGAGAUUUUUGUUUCGCGCUUAGUGAGUGCUUAUUGCGUCCAGACCAGUGCUCCUGAUAAGUAUCUGUUUAUGGAUUGGAGAACUCAGACAUGUGAUGGCAUGGAAAGAGAUCUACAGAUGGUACAGGAAGCACAAUGAUCAUAUGGUUUAGAAGGGCGCAAGUUAAUCUGCGUCACCCAGUGCACCAGAUCCAAUAUUUCUCUAUUUUUAAGUUUUACAAUCGGUUUAAUAGUUGUGUCACUCAAACUAUAGUGUUGUCAACCUUGCCAGGAAACACUUCUGGUUCUGGUUGGGUUACACUUUAGCACUUAACCCUAGGCCACCAAAAACUUUAUUAGUUAUUCAAAUACAGUAAGAGAAACUCUUGGCAAAUCCUUCGCCAAAAGGACUUUUGAUAGAGAUCAGAUUCAGAGCGAUCCUCAAAACAUACAUGUAGUUUGUACUGUUUGCCCUAAGGGGUUGCUUCUGGGUUUUAUUAGUUGGUUAAGAGUGCCACCUGGUGGAUAAUAGCAGAAAUACGGAUUGCCUGAAAAACUCGUCAUUGGCAGGGAAGUGUUUUCUCUUAAUUAACUCGUCACUGGUGGGGAAAGAGUUUAGAAUCUGAAAAAAAACUGCUUAUUUACAAGAAAACAUGUCGGACGCCAUUUAGAGGGUUUUGCAUCUGAGCUCUUCAUUUUUUUUUAUUAUAGUAUGGAAAUGUUAACAGUUAGCCAAUAUUAUGGACUUUCCAGCAAUCAAUAUUGCAUUUAAAAGAUGUCUAAUAGCCGUCCAAACACAGCCCAGAGGUCUAGGCUAAAACAAGGCAACAUUUGGGCUGUCAGUGAAAAUUUAAUAGACGUCUAACCGUAGCGCAAAAAUAAAUAAAUAAAUGAAACCAAACUCCCCGUUGGCUUACAUGAUUAAAAAUCAUACAACCCGCAGGUUAUUUUGGCUAGAAGUGGGUUACUCAUAGCCAGACUAUAUUUCUAGUCUAUAGUUAACCUAGAUGGCUAUUGCUUGCUGGGAAAUAGUGCAUCAAGUUACCAACAUAUGAUUAGAUUCUUCUCAUUGUGUUUAUUUGCUCUCUGAAUUGAAUGCAAGCGCCUCUUUUAUUAACACAGCGGUUGAUAUAACAUGCCGACACUUCAUUACAAGCCUAAAAACAUUUAGCAGAUCGACUGCUACCUCCUGCAUGUUUGCGAGAAGCUUCUCCUAACAGAAGCCGCACACUUAUUUGACAGUAAGAGGCUCUUACAAUCUCCGUAAAGCCUCAUUACACACCCACAGUAUUGUCGGGCUGCGAAAGCAAAUCAGCCGCUUUCAACAUUACAAUUCAGUUACGCUAAUAACGCGACAGUCGAAGAGCUGUUAUAUCAAAGCCAUUUCACUGAUGUCUCCUUACGGUAAAGCAGCUUUUGGUCUCAGCUGGUUUCUUUGGGAUCUGAUUUUCGUUCUUUUGAGUUGACGGUUUCGUAAUGAAGUAUAUAUUUUUAGAUAGAGCUGUUAUAAAAUAAUAAAAAAUUCCAAGACUUUAAUAUAAUUGUAUAGUAAAAUUUAAUGAAUAUUUCUAAGAUUAUAUAAUAAACAUCGCUAUGAAAGAUUAUAUUACGUUUAGGGAAGUGAAAAGGUGUGCGCGUGAUGUUUAGGGACUUGAAGUCCUUCAGCUGCUGAUGGAUUCGCACUUUCGAUACCUGAUAGUGUCUGUGUAUUCAUUUCUGAUAACUUGAAAGUACGUGUUAUUUAAAAAGCUAAUUUUUGUACAGUUGUGCAUGUUCUCUACACUCGUGCCCAGGAAAGUCUUCUAGAGACGUUGCUUGUAUAUCUAUAGUACACACCAUUAACUCACAUUUUAUGUCACAUGACUGUUCAUAUGUUAGGCUAUAUUGAGACUGAAAUAGAUUUUUUUGUGGCCUGCACUGUUUGAAAAAUGGAUGUACCACAGCUUUCAAUGGGACAGUACCCUUUUAUGAGGUCCUAAUAUGUACCAUUAGUGACAUUAUGUAUACAUUUUGUAUACACCCAGUGAUGUUUUGAAAGGGUACCGCCCGAAUGAUAGCUAGAGGUUCAUAUUUUUACUUUUUUUUUUCAGACAGUGUACUAGCUCACAAUUCUACUCUACAGUAUAUAGCUGUAUAUUAAACAUCAGAUAGACACAAAUUGGUUGUGAUUGUGCCACAUUUUUGCUUUUAGUCUGGAGAGUUGGAUAUUGUUGUGUCAUUUUUAUUGGCAUUUUUACAUACGUUGUUUAUGUUUUUUGUAUAAUUUGAUUUAGGGUAUGCUCAUUGUAUGAAAUCCCAUACUUGAAGAUUAUUAAAGGGAAAUGGCAAGUGUUUAGGAGAUCUAAGGGUUGUUUAUGUAUGCUUCUGUAAUAUUAAGACAGUACACGUCAUUGAGAGACAUGUGACCCUGCCUGUGAAAACCCAGGUGAAGACAUUUUUAUAAUUUACUCUUUUGUACAUAAAAUCAUCUCAUAUAAUGUUCUGUAAAAAUUUAACCUUGAUAUCUUCAAUAUUAUAUCAUAUAUUAUUUAAAGGUGCUGUGUGUAAAUUUUAGCGAAGUCUAGUGGUGAGGUUGCGAAUUGCAACCAACGGCUCAGUCCGCUGCUCACCCCUCACUUUUGAAACGCAUAGAGAAGCUACGGUAGCCGCCACCGGAAAAAAUGUCAUCGUCGGAGAGAACUUAGUAAAAAAGUUUGUCCGUUAAGGGCUUCUGUAGAAACAUGGCGACACAAAAUGGCGACUUCGAUGUAAGAGGACCCUCUGUGUUUUGCAUUUUUGUCAAGAGAUCAUUCUAAAAAUUACACACUGCACCUUUAAUAUAAUAUUAGAUUAUAAGUCUGAAUUUCACAGACAGGAUCACAUAUAUAUGAGAAGUGCAUGUUAACCUAAUAGGCCACAGUUCAUUACCUCUUACUGUAUGGCCAAGCAAAGUCAAUACAAGUGAAUGUUUUGACAGAAGGUCUUUUGUAAACGUGGGAACUUCAUAAUCAUCACACAAUAUUCAAAUCUCCUACAUAAACUAAUCCUAUAUCUCUGUUUUUAAUGAUCUAAGUGCCAUUUUUUUAGGAAAAUAUUGCAUUCAUGUCUUCAAAAACAAUGAGUUAGUAAACCUCCAAUCAUUUUAAUAGAAAUAUUUUCUAUAUCCAUUAAAUAUCGAGUGAUCAGGGAUGGAAAUGCAAUCUAUGCAAAGAUGGUGUGAUAUAGGAAAGAGUAUUACUGCUAAAAUAUAUAUGAAAUGGGCCCAUUUUGUGCAUAUCAGCACUGCAUAACUAGAAAGCAUUAAUAUUAAUUGUUUUAAGCACAUUUUGCAUGUAAAUAUUAACCGAUGGAUACUAUGUGGCUUGUACUCAUAAUUCAUAAUAUCCAAAAACAAUGCAUAUAUUCACAAUUCAUUGCUUUAAAUGAAGGUUACUCGUUCGGCACAAAACACCGUGUAAAAAUGACUGUACAUAUUUUACAUGUUUGAUAUCUCAGUGGAAGCAAGCUGAAGUUUUGGAUAUCGAGGGUGACAUUUUAUUUUUUACAUUACGAGGUUGCCCUAAUAUACAUCUACAAUAUUCAAUCAAUACUUUGUUCAUAUAUACAGCAUUAGGUGUGAUUUGCUAAUGAAAUAUUUUUUCUUCUGUAUUUUGCUGAGAACACUGAACGAUAUUGUAGGAUGUGUCAAGUUAUAUGAUGAUGAUAUGGGCGUGCAAAGUUAUAACACUGGAAAAUUGACAUUU